UACUGUUCCGGAUGCAGAGGUAGCUACUGUGUAACUCCUGUUGUGACUCUGAUGUUUACAUUAGUAUUACCAUGACAGUUUUACCCGAGGACUGAAAUAAGUUUUUCAGAUUAGGAGAACAUUACAAGGUGCUAACAUGGACCUCGUCAUAAACACGUGAAUGAUCUCCCCCAAGACGACACCACCUUUCAGGCAGUGCUCACCUGGGUAUAUAGUUCCGCAAGAUGUCAGGUGGGAACUUUUUGAACAGGGUGCGGUCUGCCUUCAGGAAGGCUCCGAGCGACUGGGACCUGAGCGACACGGCUCCCCUCGACUUCUCCGACGAGCUGGCGGAGGAUGAGGCUCCUAAAUUCAACAAGCUGAAGGUGGUGGUGUCAGGAGAGAUGUCGGACUACUCUGCCGGAGCGCCGUCCAACGGAGUGGCGGUGAACACGCUGGUCGUGGCGGAUGAUGACGAUGACUCCUUGCUCGAGUCCUCCUCCAGCAUGGGCAGCCCGGGUCUGAACAUGGACCCCUGUGACAGCUGCAACAAGAAGAGGGAGAGUAUUAAACACAGGAGGGUGAUGAAGAGGCUUGCCAUUGCAGCUGUGCUGUAUUUCCUUUUCAUGGCAGGUGAAAUAAUAGGUGGUUAUGUAUCAAACAGCCUUGCCAUCAUGACUGAUGCUGUGCACAUGCUAACAGACGUGGUGGGCAUUUUGUUCUCUCUGCUGGCCCUCUGGCUCUCUACAAAACCACCCACUAAAAAGUUCACCUUUGGGUUGCAUCGUCUUGAGGUGGUAUCUGCGGUGCUCAGUGUGAUGCUCAUCUACAUUUUGACGGCCAUACUGCUCUAUGAGGCAAUUCAGAGGACGGUACACCAAGACUUCGACAUAAACGGAGAUGUCAUGCUCAUCACUGCAGCUGUGGGGGUGGCUGUCAACCUCAUAAUGGGUUUCUUGUUGAACCAGGAUGGUCACCUCCACGGUCACUCUCACGGCCACGGUCACUCUCACGGCCCUCCAGCUCCCUCCGGUUCAGCUGGGUCGGGUCAGCAGCAUAGGCAGCAAGGCAGCUUGGCUGUAAGAGCCGCAUUCAUCCACGCUUUGGGGGAUCUCCUCCAGAGUGUCGGGGUGCUCAUAGCUGCCUACGUUGUCCGCUUCAAGCCGGAGUUUAAGCUGGCAGACCCCAUCUGUACCUACAUCUUCUCUGUUCUGGUCCUCUGCACCACUUUCCGAAUCAUACGAGACACAAUAGUCAUUGUGCUGGAGGGUGUUCCAAGACACCUGGACACUCUGCGAAUCAGAGAGGACCUGCUGAAACUGGAGGACGUCCAAUCAGUGGAUGAGCUGAAUGUGUGGGCGCUGACAGCUGACAAGACUGCAGCUUUAGUGCAUCUCCAGCUCACACCCUCUAGUGCCAACAACUGGGAGGAGGUCCAGGCAAAGGCCCGCCACCUGCUGCUUCACACCUACGGCCUCACGAGGGUCACAGUUCAGAUCCAGACUCACAGACAGAGGCUGGUACGUAGCUGUGCACACUGCCAGCAGCCCAGCGCCUGAAGACAGACUCACGCUUACACUGACUUCCACAGACGGCAGAGAGCACAGCACACAGAAAGCUGAUCACAGCUUGGUGCUAUAGAAGGAGCCUCAGCAUGUUUUCAUUAGGGGGAAAAAGACAGGUGCCAAAGGACGGAAAAACUUCAGAUGCAUAUUUCUUAUAAAAGGAUCACUUCAUCCUUCAGGGACUUUAUGCAAAGCUAUGUGGGUGGAGUUUGAAUUGUUCAAGUGUCAGCUUAGAAGAAUGGGAAAAAAAAAACCUUAAAAAACUUAAUUCACCAUUAAAGCCUAUUCCAACAGGUUCCUUUUUUUUCUAUUUCACUCUUUUGAUUUUUCACACUGCUUUUUUUUUUGAUUUGAUGUAAAUUUGACUUGUUACUAGCUUGAAGACUGAGUGUUAAUGUACUAGGAAUUUCAGCUAAUGAACAGGUACCUCAUGUCAUCUGAUAACUGUUGUCACAUUAAAUAUAAGCUGUACUCACGCACAUGAAGAGUGUCACUUCAGUCAUCUCAUCAAAUGCACUCAACCAUUAGCAUUCUUCAGCAAAGGUCUCAUGUAAGGCUGGGUUUUAGAUUUUGUUUUGUUAGUUGAUUUUGGCCGUACUGACCCACAACUACUGAAACUUUAAACUCUCACAUCUAACUCUAGCAUGUUUUUAACUACGUUGUAGAAGACAUCUGACAAUCAAAGUGUGACUGACUUUGAAGAAGAAUGAAUUCUGUUUGUUUUCAGCCUUACUCUCUUUACACUUUUUUUUUCAUAUCAAUGAUCGACAGUAUGAUCAUGCAGACAGGUUGGAGACAGUUGCAGUAUCUCAGAGUUGCAGUGUUACGCAGGAGAGCGAUGUGAGUUGAACUCUGCCAAUAAAGUUGUUCACAGAGUUUCUCUGUCAAGUGUUGAGAGGCUGUGGUGGGUUUAAGGAUAAACCUUUCCACACCUCUGAUGUUAAUCAUCAAGAGAAAUCAGGAACUACAGUAUUGUUUUUGUUUUAAAAUAAAGUAUUUAAUCUGUUGUU